AUUCUUACUAGAACUGGGAAGAUCAGAGUACCCGACUGGGUCGAUGUUGUGAAACUAUCUACUGCCAAUGAGCAGGCUCCCUAUGAUCCCGACUGGUUCUACGUUCGUUGUGCUGCCGUGCUGCGCCAUCUUUACCUCAGACCCACUGGUCUCACUGGUCUUAGUAAGGCCUUCGGUCGAGGCAAACGUAACGGCGUUUGUCCACGGCACCAUGUGCGAGCCUCCACCUCCAUACUUCGUCGAUGUCUUCACGAAGUCGAGAAUAUGGGUCUUGUUGAGAGGCGAAGUGAUGGUGGGAGGGAAAUUUCACGCAUCGGCCGCCGUGAUAUGGACAGUGUUGCGUACGAGACUGUGAAGGCUCUUCGCGCUGCGAAGUAG